CACGGCACAUGGUAGUUGGACGUGAAGCGAGCUAUUUGUGCGUCGAGAACACCUUUGUGCGUGAAUUGGACAGACUCUAUACUAUUCUUUCGGCAACAUUGUAACAAGUAGUCAUAGCGAUGAGUGUACGCGUCGUCGCCAGGGUGCGCCCUUUACUGAAAGCGGAACACGUGAACGAGAGCAUUGUCAGUACCGCAAGUGCACCAGGCGAUACAGAAGCGAAGCCCAGCAUCAUCCGGAUACCGAACCCCAAGAAAGAGUCCGAAGCCUUCUCGUUUCAUUUCAACAGCGUUUACGAUCAAGGCACGACACAGGCUGAGGUCUUUGAUAAUGAAGUCUCACCGACGGUCAAACAUCUCUUCAAAGGUUACGAUAUUACCUUGUUCGCUUAUGGCGUUACUGGAACAGGGAAGACACACACGAUGCGCGGCGGUAAAUCAUUAGCAGAUCGAGGCCUAAUUCCAAGGCUGCUCUCUAGCAUUUAUAGGCGGGCGCGCAGGAUCGAAAAGGACAGUGCGGAAGAGACGCAAGUGGAAGUAUCCAUGAGCUACUAUGAGAUCUACAACGACCGCGUGUACGACCUAUUUGAAGCUCCGGAGAAGCGGACGCCUGCUGGAUUACCCAUUCGUGACAUUGGGAACAGCAAGACUCAGGUUGUUGGACUGACAGAGCGGCCAUGCACGACUCUAAAGGAGUUUGAGCAACUGUAUGAUCAGGCCAAUGUAAACCGAUCUACGUCAGCUACGAAGCUGAACGCACAUUCGUCGCGUUCGCACGCGAUACUGUGCGUCAAGAUCACGCAGACAACUGAAACCGAAACACGGGUUAGCACGGCCUCUGCGAUUGAUCUUGCAGGUUCUGAGGACAACCGACGAACAGACAACAACAAGGACCGUCUUGUGGAGAGCGCAAGCAUCAACAAGUCACUCUUCGUUCUGGCGCAAUGCGUCGAAGCGAUCAGCAAAAAGCAAGCUCGCAUACCGUACCGGGAAAGCAAGAUGACGCGCAUUCUGUCGUUGGGCCAGAACCAUGGAAUUACGGUGAUGAUACUGAACCUAGCACCCGUACGAAGCUAUCAUUUGGACACGGUAAGCAGUCUCAAUUUCGCAAAUCGCACGAAGAAGAUCGAGGUCAAUGAGAUCGAGAAUCAACCCAUCUUCCGCGGGCUGUCCAGCAAAGGCAAGUCCGACGGCGACAAAGGCAGGUCGAUUGGCGAUGCGCUUGGAAUUCACCGGCAGCCUCUACGGCCGAAGAACCUGUCACAAGUCAUCCAUCACAAAGAUGCCACUAUGAACGUACCGAAGCCGACAAAACAGUUUUCUGUAUACUCUGACAGGCCAACGGCGGCACCUCGAGCAUUGAACACGGCCAACAUGAGCCAAGCACGGGCGUCAGCAUUACCUUUGAAGUCGCCCAAACGGACCAGCAGCGAGGCUGUGCCCACUUUGGGUCGACCCAGCAAACUGUUCCGACCAAACGAGCCCACAGUGCUACGAGCAGAAAAUGCAGAAGCGAUUGCUAUGGGUAAAGAGGCCAUCGAAGCACUCAUCGAGCGCAAAGUGAACGAAGCUUUGGCUGAGCGGGCAGACCAAACCACCCUAUCCAACCCGGAGCCUGUGCCAGAAGAGGUGCAGCGACGGCUUGAGGCGUUGGAGAAGCGGAUGGAAGGCCAAGAAACCGAGCGUGCGGAGGGCCUGCAGUACCUUCUCAUGGCCAAGCAGCACCAGGUGCGCGGCGAAGAUGUCAGUGCGCUGAAAAUGUUUCAGCUAGCUUUCAAGCACUUCCCAGAGAACGAGAAGCUUGUACGGAAGAUGGUAGCGCUGAAAGACAGAAUCGCCGCGAAGAAGGCACAGAACCGUGCUUCAGCUGCUGGUGGCGUAAGCCUGUCUAAUGACACUGUCGCCGAAGAAGACACCUCGUCCGCCAAGCAGUCAGCCAGAAGGCGACAGGCGAGGGUUGAGGAGGACAACAGCUACCACGAAGACUUAGCGCACACUCCCGCGUACGCCGAGGAAGACGAUGGCUUCGUCUACCGCCCUCGGACGAGGAUCCGCCGCCCGCAGACAAGCAAACGUGCUGCCACGGCCCCGGCAUCCGAGCCGAGCAUCAAGCACUCACCAUCGCCGGACGGGGACGGCGCCGACUCCAGCGAACACGACCUCGUCACCGCCUUGGUCGAGCAAACACCUCGGACGAAACACUUACUUCACAUCAUCAACACAAAGGACGUCAGCCAGAUAAAGCUUUUAAGAGGCGUAGGUGCGAAGAAGGCAGAAGCGAUCGUCAACUGCUUGAUAGAUUUGGAUGAUGAUGCGAAGGUCACCAGUUUGGGACAAUUGGGCAAGCUGAAGGGGGUCGGCAUCAAGACCGUCGAGAACAUGCGAUUGGGUCUGGACCGGAUGGCGGUUUGAGUCCGUACCCCGCCGCACUCUUGCAACUUAUGCGCGUUGCAUAGGGACAGUCUUGAAUCAUGGCAUCUCACUUGCACACAAGCGCAGCGUCCCUGCCCUACAGCUUGAUUUCCCUCCAUCUCAAGGUGAAGGAACGCCGGAUUUAAACUGGCGGUUCAGAUGCAUUCAGUCUUCCCAACACGAAUUUCGAUCGCAUUGCUGUAAUGAUCCGCUCGUAGACCAGCCGCCGUGGAUGAACCGAGGCCCAGAGACUUCAGGUCACCCACGUGC